ACUACAAUGGAUCGAAUUUAUCUGAAAGCAAUAUGUAUAUAUCUUUUCAAUACAAGAAGAUUACAAAACAUAUCUGCACCAUACACCUAAGUGUUCCCCUAGUUUUUUUUGAUAAGGCAUCCAUUGCAACUAUAGACCAUAGACACCAAGGGGCCAGUACGUGAAUCAAUUCAAAUUAUGCAACUAGCGAGAGCGCAGCGCCAAAAAGACAACAAAAUCACAUAUAUAAUAAAUGUCUUAGAAACCCUAAAUCUACCGUAAACCCUAAAUGGUUAAACGAGAAGAUGGCAUCUUCAAUUGCUCUGAGGAGCAGCGCCAUUCUGAUUUCACAUUCAUCAAAUAUCCCUUCCUAUAUCCCAUCACAUUUGAGAAGCUUUCGGCUAUGGAGUCCGCGGUACGGGGUUUCUCAUAUCAAAACCCUAACCCUAAACCUACUGUGUUCAUGUUCCUCUACUCCCCUUACCAGUACUCCCGCUUCUCCAUCAGAAGAAGAAAGCGGUGAGCGUGCCCUCCAAGCUGCUGUGGAGGCGUUGGACAUUCGCGUGGGACGCAUUCAAAAAGUAUGGAGACACCCAGAAGCAGAUUCUUUGUACGUGGAGGAAGUAGAUAUGGGCGAGCCAGAGCCCCGCACCAUUUGCAGUGGCCUCGUUAACUAUAUUCAACAAGACCACCUUCAGGACAAGAAUGUGGUUGUUCUUGCCAAUCUUAAGCCCCGGAAUAUGCGUGGAAUCAAAUCUAAUGGGAUGCUUAUGGCAGCAUCUGAUGUGGCUCAUGAAAAUGUUGAACUUCUUAUGCCUCCUGAAGGUUCUGUCCCUGGGGAGCGAAUUUGGUUUGGCUCAGAUGCAGAAGCAAACAGUCAGCCUGAUGCUGCUUCACCAAAUCAGGUUCAAAAGAAAAAGAUCUGGGAAACUGUGCAGCCUCACCUUAAGACAACAGAUAAUUGUGUGGCUGUAUUCAAAGAUAGACCAAUGCGAACAUCUGCAGGCUUAGUGACUUGUAGUUCUUUGAAGAAUGCUAACAUUUCAUGAUCAGGCUAUGAUUCUAGCACUCAUCGUAGGUUCCUUAUCAGGCAACUGCUGCAAUAACUUUGCUUCUGUGUUUUAGCCAUCCAUCAUGUAGCCUACUAUUUGGGAACCCUUAAGAGGAAAGAAGCGAUGAUUUAGCUUAUAUUUGAAAGGAAAUGAAGAAAUGUUUCAUUUAUGUCAUUGAAAAUAUUGCUAUGACAUUGAUUUGAUUAAAAGGAGCCAUCAAGGUUAUUUCUUGGAGCAAGGGAAAUGCCCUGUAUUUCUGUAUGCCAACUUGACUUAAUUUUUUUGUAAUAAAUAUCAAAAACGCAAUUUGCGUUCCCCUGCUUUUUA